AUGGGUAUGGAACCUCUGUUAACGGCGGCCCGCUGGGCCGGGCUUGCCUCCAGUGCACUCACGGUUGUCUUAGGCAUCGUGCACUUGACUCACCAGGAGGCCUCAAUAGACUGGCCCAGCAAAAUUGGAAUGGGGUUCAUUGACGAUGUCCAGGCCCUCCACUGGCGGUCGAGCUUCUUCACGCUGAACCCAGACACGUUCCUCGACGUUUGGGGGCCCGUGAUUAUGGGCGUCAUUGGGCUCGUUUGCCACUCCAUCCACUUCCAGACGCUCCAAAAAGUCACCAGCAAUUUUGGGUUCUACUUCUCAUUUCUAAUGAUACAAGGACUGUUUGGUAACAUUGGCUACAGCGGCGGGAUGGGGAUCCUUGUGUCUGCGGUGUCCUUCCUCGCGGCGCUCUUGGCCCUCAUUGCUGUGUUUGCCGAUCGCUCAGCCGACGCCGGCCUGCAUCUGGCCCAUGGCAUGAAGGCAGCGGACUUAGGCAUGUAA